AUGUACCGUGAGAGUUUAUUGGGCGUUGCUCUUGCUUCGACGUUGUCGGAACUCGAGUCUGUGUGCAGUUUGAGUGAGCGACAAAAAGAACAGCUGUGGGAUAUAUUUGAUCAGGCCAUGGAUCGAACAUUAGCGGAAGCACCUGUUACAUCACAGGUGCGUGUGGUUUCACCCUUCCCUUUAUCGCGAGAGGGAAAGAACCGUACUGAUACUGCUGGUAGUAGUACUGCUGCUGGUGCUGGUAAUAACAGUAAUAAUAAUAAUAUGGGUGAGAAUAGCGGUGUGGUUACAUCUCUUUCGACUGCACCAAAACGUAUGAUGUUUCCCGCGCCUGCAGGGAUGCGUGAUGCGGAUUUGUCUGCGCCACUUCACUGUGAUGUGUUAGACGACGGAACGACGUUCCCUGUAUACCGUGCACAUGAUGGGGUGUGGACUAUUUUACUAAAGGACCCUACUGUUGAGGUGAGGGAUGGAACAGGACACGCAGAGACUAUUCGUCUAGAUUAUCUCAAGGUGAAUCUGAAAGAUGUCUCACUGACAGAUACUGCAAAGACACAAACAGCUGGAAAGAAACGGCGACGCUAA